UUAUUUACAGGCUGCAUCGUCAAGAUGCAUGUCAAGGACGAAACAGACCGGCGUUUGUGAUGCGUGUGUGAAUGUUCCCCAGCAGUCCUCUCGUCGAUCAGCACUAUGAGCUGGUCAUUUCUGUUCAUUUAUUUGAUAGAGCAGUGCCUGUGCCAGUUCCGGACUGCUGCUGGUGUAAUCUUAAUUUGGCAUCUCUCGUAAACACAAGAUGAACAGCAUAAGGUAGGCUACAAAGCAGCGACUGUCGGGUGGAACUGUUCCGUCGCGCGCUGUGACCGAUUACUGCUGCUGUGCUUGUGCGUGCUGGUGGCAAUGACAUUAACACUGGCAGUAUCACGAUCUAACCACCAAACCAUAGAGUAUGAUUUGCCUCCCAAACCUCCUGACCUAUUCAAAGACCAGCUUAAUCACCAGCCAGGUAAACCCACUGCUGCCCAAGUGAAGUGGCUCGUCUCGCAGGUUAAAUGGGAAAGACUGUGGUAUUCCCAUCUGCAUCCCAUUCUCACUGAAUGCCAGCCAGGAAGCCGUGGGAGUCGGGCUGUUCGAAAACACAUCUUUUCUCAACUGGAUUCUCUUUCGGCGGGCUGGUCUGUAGAAGUGGACUCCUUCAUCUCCAAAACCCCUCGUGGCCCUGUUAGCUUCUCUAAUGUCCUGGCCCUGUUGGACCCAAUGGCUCCUCGCCGACUGCUUCUGGCUUGUCACUAUGACACCAAAUUUAUACCUUCAGAUCCUAGUGACCCACAGAAGGUGUUUGUGGGUGCCAGUGAUUCAGCCGUGCCUUGUGCUAUGAUGCUGGAACUGGUCACCACUUUGGAUCCACACCUCAAAAAGCACAAGCAGCUAUUGAUCUUCUUUGAUGGAGGAGAAGCUUUUGAGCAGUGGUCUCAGACAGACUCGCUAUAUGGUUCACGGCACCUGGCAGACUCCAUGUCGCGCGUUCCUCACCCGCCGGGUUCUGAACAAACCACACUGCUGAAUGCUGUGAUAAGUCAGGAUCCUUGUGAUCUCCUUGUUCUUUUGGACCAUAUUGGUGCCCCUGAUCCCAUGUUUGUGAAUCACUUUGAGAACACAGCUCGCUGGUUUGACCGCCUUAUCGCUGCUGAAAAGAGACUUCAUAAUUUGGGGCUCCUGUCUUCCCAUCCCAAAGAGCAGACCUAUUUCAUGAAGGAUGUGAAUAUGGGGCCAGUUGAAGAUGAUCAUACUCCUUUCCUUCAGAGAGGAGUUCCAGUGCUGCACAUAAUCGCUACGCCAUUCCCUUCCUUCCUACACACGUUGGAGGACACAGCGGACAAGGUUCACAGUCACACUGUGGAGAAUCUCACCAAAGUCCUUGUGGUCUUCCUGGCUGAGUAUCUGCGGCUCUAGGAUGCUAUAAUAUUACAUCCAACCACAUCCGUCGUGGAUCGGUCUAUUCCUCAGCUGCACUGCUUUAGGAUAUCUAAUAUCAGUGACUGUUCUCAGAGAUGCAUAACGUACUGUAUACUCUCAGGCUGCCAUCCUAUAUCCUGACAUAUGCUUACCGUUGGACUUUCUGACAUGUUAGUCAAUCGGUAUCGUGCCUUCAGAUAGUUUUGCUAUCUAGUAAUGCACUGUAUAGACAAAAUAAUAUUAUUAUCUGUGCCAAAAAAGGUUUACAUAUGUUUAUUCAUCUAUUCAAUAACUGCAAUAAAAUCAAUAGAAUGCAAAGUAGAUGCUUCAAGUUCAG